UCACAGUGGAGAAACUGCAAGCUCUUUAUGGAAAACUCUGGAACCUUCCAUGCUUGUAUAUUAGGGCACGCGGAGUUUGACUACGUGAGUCGUUGAAGUAGUGAGAAGUACGUAGAGGGACGUCCGUAGAGUUUCCUUUUUUUUCUGUUUUAGCAUUUUGUACUUUUUGAGCUGCAAAAAUGGGAAAAGAUUACUACGAAAUCUUGGGAAUAAAAAAGGGGGCGUCAGACGAAGACAUAAAGAAGGCUUAUCGGAAGCAGGCUUUGCGUUAUCACCCCGAUAAAAACAAGUCACCGGGCGCAGAGGACAAGUUUAAGGAGAUUGCCGAAGCUUACGACGUUUUAAGCGACCCGAAGAAGAAAGACGUCUAUGACCGUUACGGCGAAGAAGGUUUGAAAGGGGGAGGUCCUCCAGGAAGCGGAGGUCCCGGCACCUUCCACUACACGUUCCAGGGUGACCCCCAUGCCAUCUUUGCAGAGUUUUUUGGGGGUCGUAACCCCUUUGAACAGUUUUUUGGUGGGCGUAAUGGAGGAAUGGACGAGGACAUGGACACAGACGACCCAUUCGCCCGCUUCGGGAUGGGGGGCAGUGGAAUGGGCGGCUUCCAGCGCCCCUUUGGCUCCGGCAUGGGGGGAAUGGGAGGCCACACCAGUGUUGUAAAGAAGCAGCAGGACCCACCCGUGGUUCACGAUCUACGCGUCACAUUGGAAGAAGUACUGAAUGGUUGCACAAAGAAGAUGAAAAUUUCUCGCAAGAGGUUGAAUCCUGAUGGUCAGAGUGUACGGACUGAGGAGAAAAUACUUGAAGUUCAGAUCAAGAAAGGGUGGAAAGAGGGCACCAAGAUCACUUUUCCUAAAGAGGGAGAUGAAACUCCAAGAAACAUUCCAGCGGACGUUGUAUUCGUGUUAAAGGACAAGCCGCAUCCAGUGUUCAAACGCGACGGUUCGGACAUCGUUUACACGGCUCGGGUCUCCCUCAGAGACGCUCUCUGCGGCUGCACAGUCAGCGCGCCCACGCUAGACGGCAGGACGGUCACCGUCACGUCUACAGAGGUCGUACAGCCGGGAAUGAAGCGGCGGAUCUCUGGGGAGGGACUGCCUUAUCCCAAACGCCCUGACCGUCGAGGGGACCUCAUAGUGGAGUAUGAGGUGAAGUUCCCAGAGCGGCUCAGCCAGAACACUCGGGACACCAUUGCUCGGGUUCUUCCAACAUCUUAAGCGAACUGACGAAAGGACCUACAGGAAGUUGCCAAUUUGUAGCCUGACUAUCUUACAGAUGUUCAGGAAGGUUGAUGAUGCGUUCAGCUCCUCACUGGCUAGAAUUUUGGGGUUUUGACUUGAGUGACAUGAUAUUUCCUGAUAAAUAAAUACACAUGGACUAUGUGGAGAGGGUUUUUUUUUUUGUUAAGAGUUUCAAACAUGAAACUAUCUUUUUAUUUUGAAUGUUCUGAAUUAUAAUUGUGGAGAUGUGUGCUGCAUUGGUGAUCUGGUUGGGUAACUUUCACAUGAAAGUGUGCUUUGGAAAACGUUCUUUUUGCUCUAGAAUACGGAGCAGCAGUCAGAAGAAACUGACUGGUUGUGAAACCAAAAGUUGAGUGUCUUUAUAGAGAGGAAAAAGAAUGACGACUGUUUCUGGUGACAUUAAAUUGAUUUGACUUAAAAAAAAUGUUUUUGGUGAAUGUUUACCAUCCUGCUAACCCAUUGUUUUGUUUUUGGCUGUUUGAAAUCCUCAAUUCAACUUUACCAAAUGUCAAUUCUAAAAAUGCUGCCACCAUCAAAAGUUACCGUAAGCCUUUUGGGGCUUCGGGUCACAUCCGGACUUUAACCAUCCUAAGUGAAGCCGGGUCCAAAGACGCUUCCUCCGAAGACGUUUUUCUUUUUGGCCUUGGAAUGUUUGAGUUCUGGAUUCUUUCGCAGUUCUUGCUAAACUUCUCAUAGUUUGAGGAAAGAACCGAACCAGACAUGGUUAUAGCCAUUUCUGGUUGGGCGUGUCAUGUGGAAUUGUUGGAUCCACAGCUCCUGGAAAAUCACCCACCAGGAUUUCCCAAAGCGGCUUCGUCCGCAUUAAGGUGGAUGAAGCCUCCACAAGCCUUGUUGGAGUUGGAACGGCAGCAGCGUCACGCCGAGCGCAGCAGUCCUUGGGUCGACCUCGCUCACCCAUGACAGUCAGCAGACCAGCUCCGUCUCCGACGGCCCCAGGCUGCUUGCAUUGCAGAGGUUGUGAGGGACACAGAUAUCGCUGCAGGAACCUGACUGGAACACUGAAGACUUUAUGAGCUAACUCUUCCUAUCAGAGAAAAACACACGUCUGACAAGAUGAGCUCCACAGUUUCCAUUCCAAACCAACUUUAGCAUGCCAGAACCGGAGGAGGACAUCACCUCUGAAAGAAACUUCAGGCAGAACAGGGUCUCUAGUCUCGCUAAACAAAAAACAGAUUUAUAUUGCUGCUACCCUGAAAAGACUUUGGCUUCACGGUUCAAUCUCAGAUAAUAAGUGUGGUGCAACAUCUUGGAAAAAUGUGUUUUUUAACCAGGACAACAAUGAAGUUUGUCGUCGUCGUUACAAUGUUGUGCUUUUCAGGUGAGUUUUGUAUUUGUAUUCUAAAGAUUUUGGCAUACGAAGCCUUAAUAGUAAAGGAUUUUAUGGACAUAUUUAAGUUGUUCAUAGAUUCACUUGUAUAGAAGUGUAUUGCUGUCUAUUAAAAAAAACCAGGCGAUCUUCAUUUUAAUUUAUUUGUGUUAAAAAAACAACACAACAUGUCUGUGCCUUAGACGCGUAGUUUAUGUGAAAUGAAGUGUUUAUUUGUGUCUGUGGUGAUGCAGGAAACAAGUUCCUGCAGGAAUUUGUCUUGAUGUGAAGCUGCACAGGCAGGCAGGGAGCGUCAAUAAAGUACAGAAAAACAGC